GCUACGGUGCGCACGUGUGUAACCGUUACAAAUAAUUUACAAAAAAUAAUCGAACUAUGUAAACAUUGUCACUGAAACAAGAGUUUUAUUACUUUAGUACUAAAAUUCAUAAUUAAAUAACACGAUACUAAUCGUAUAAUUGAAGUUAAAAACUAUUGUGUUGGGCGUGCUGUUUUUGAUAAAAUAUCCGUCCGUUCCGUGACUGGUGAAUCGAUUUUACGUAGUCGUGCUGCGGUAUUGAGGAACUUGAAGGCUUGUUUGGACUGUGCUAAUGUGAGAAACGAUUUUAAGAAUCGAUGUAAACGUGAAGUGAAAUCUCGUAUCGACUUUGACCAGUUUUAUGUGUAAACUUUUGUGGUAUCAACGUAUGGUUUAUUUAUAAUGCUCCGUCCGUAUCCCACGCCUCUACUAAAAUAAAACUCUGUUUUAAGUAUUGUAAGAACAUGUAAUGUGCUCGUCGGCUUUUCACAAAUCGUUUGCUCCGGCCGUAAGCUGGAAGCCCUAUAGUUUCUAUUUAUUUCGAGUGCGGAUAAAUCGACCUCGAAUAGGAUUUGACGCAACAAGAUAGUUUAUUUUCAAUCAAAAUGAUGUGGCCUUCAUCGCAAGCCAGUAAAAUUCUUACCUUUCUUCUAUUGAUCACAAUCCUGUAUUGCAUUUGUAUGGACACAUUCCUAUUUUUAAGGAUACAGAAUUAUAAAAUAGAUAUAUACGACUUGACAUCCGAAAAUGCAACGCAAGAGACAUCGACACAGAAAUAUAAACAGUUGGAGAAUUACGAAGAUGUCACGUGGGUGCCUUGCAGUAUCAAUCCGUUAUGUCAUCCCACGGUCAAAGCUUUGAUGGUUGAUCAUAUAAACCAUUACAUUUAUGGCCCUUUAUGCGCUAUAGUGGAUAUAGGAUUAGGUAUAUCUGAAACAGUGCUGUUUAUAACGCCCAAUAUGAUUUCAUUCUUUCAUGUUUUCGUGGCUUGUGUUGGAGCGAAGCUUGUAACAUAUCAGAAUUUAGCUGCACGUCGUCUAGCGGUGGUACUUUUUCAAUUAAGAAUGUUUUUGGAUGAUUUAGACGGGCAUGUCGCUAGAGAGAGAAAACAUAUAAAGGGUGAGAGGUCCGAAGUGGGUACAUUGGGUUACUGGGUCGACGGGAUUUGUGAUUUAUUGGGUGUUGUAGCGAUGAUGGCUGGUAUAUUGUUUUAUUUGAAGAAUAAUCCUCCUAGACGCGGAUACAAGGGCACGCCAGUAAGUACGUUACCGUACCAUCAGCUUAAAGAGAUAAAUUCAUCAGAGGAUAUAGAGAAGGACCAUACGACUGAAGUUGGUAUUUCCUAUAAGACUAAAGUAAGCUUCCAAAGGAUAGUUCAAGUGUUGGGUCUGUUCUCCGGACAGAUGAUACUAUCUUCAAUCGCCUGGAACAGAUAUAUUGACGUAUAUCAAGAUUUGCUUGAAAAUUGUACAGAAUAUGAUGUUGUGAGAAGGGCGACCAUGUUUAGAUCUGGAUUGUUCUUCUUCGCGACAGCUCUAUGGAGGGUUGUGAACCCACACAGUUAUCUCCAUCUUCUUUCUCUUGCUGUGUUCUGUGAUAAAACAUGGGGCUUCCUUAAAACGGUACAUUAUAGUGGGUAUAUCUGUCUGGUGAUAGCUGUCGCCACUUCGGAAUAUUUGGUAGAGAAUAUCAGAUCGUAUGUUGUGAGUUAGAGUGACCAUGAACUAUUAAGUUGUUGACACACUGGUGUUUAUCUAUUGAUUGUAUUUGUAAGUGUAAAAUCCACUUUAUAAUGUACGAAAU